UGAUUUUCUACGUUUCGCCCUUCUGAUAUUACGUCCUGAAAAAAUGAUAUGGAUAUCUGCACCACUAGCUUUGUUAUCAUAAACAUUGUCUUCAACAAUAGCACCUGUAUAGUUAAUAAAAGUUAUAACUAGUUCUUCAACUAUUGUUUGAAAGACAUGUUUAAAAAACAUUGGGGAAGCGCUAAGCAAUAUUGUGCCGAACCGGAGCAUGAUCCUUAUGAACACUUGUACCGCAAGGCGGAAAUGUAUUCUGAGUACAUGGGCGAUACUUCUUUUAAGCUUCCACAAAUCGAAGAACAACUGGCAGAUCCGAUUGACUUUGCGGAGACGAUCGAUAGUAUUGAUUUGCCGGCACAUCGUUUGACGGGGAGAGUUCGUUGUCAGUAUUUAAAUUACCUCGAAAAUUUACUUACUGGUAACUACAAGGCAUGGACAAGCACCGUGAGCUCGUAUGAAAAUGUGACAUUUACGCCUGCUGAAGUCAAACGAUGCGCCGCCAGCCUCGAAAUGCAAGCGGUCAAAUCAUGUAUGAUUGUAUCGCUUUAUAGAAACUGCAUACUCAAAAUGAUAUCUCAAAUUCGAAAAGAAACGAAAGAUUCCUACUUGCAUCCACAUUUAAUAAAUAUGAAAUUUACACCAAAGAUAACUAUAAAGGAAGCCUGCGAUGUUGAAGUGCAAACUGAUACAGAUUUACUGUUCCUACAAACUUUGCCCAAAGUAGCCUGUGAUCUUCCGUUACGCGAUGUGCAGACUAUGUCACUUGAUGAGAAAAUACGCAGCUUUGAGAAAAGCAUCCAUUUGCCGGAUACGACUCAGCCAUGUAAGAAAAGUCGCAAAGAGCCAUCAAAAAGGGACAAGCGAGCGACGCGUAGUAAAUAUAGCCGAAAGGAACAGAUUUGUAAACGAAAACCUGAGCUAACAAUUCCUGAAAAAGGUCAUUCAAAUAUGAUGCCUGGAUCGACUUUGUUUAACAAUAAUAAUAAUACAACUAUUACAAAAUCUAAUAACGCAAAUGAUGAUGACAGUAUUAUGCGGGAACUAGAGGCAAUGUUUGAAACUGGUGACGAUGAAAAUAUAUUUGACUCUUGCGAAAAUCAAGUUCAAAUUAAAGCAAUCAUCAAUGAAAUUGAAAAAUUUGAUCCAUCUAAUAUUGUUGAGCAAUCUAUUAACUGUAAGGUUCCGAUUCAGCCUGAGGUUAUUCCAUUGUCUCCGAAAAUAAAUUUUGUUGAUCAUCGGAUUGAUACAUUUUCAAAAAGCGAAGAAGAAGAUCUCAAGAAAAGUAUUUGGCCGUGUGAAUUUCACAUGCAAAAACUUAAACUGCGCGAGAUACUGACAAAUAUUGUGGACAUUAAUUAUCAACGGUACGAGCGAAUUCGUUCCAGAUUCCUUGUUCUGUUUGGUGAACGAGAUCAAGAAGAGGACGAAUUAGGUCCCUAUAGUCCAUCGAUAGAAUUAAACGAUAUUUUAAUAGCCAGUUGUCGACAACGCAUCGCAAAGUGGGUUGUCCAAGGGCUUAUGAAACCACUCAACGAUGGCCUAAUCGGAAAUAGAUAUUUGUUCAAGAAGCUAGCUAAGUAUAUUGCAGAUGGUAUAAUAUAUCAAAAUCAGUACCCAGAUCAACAGUUUAUAAAAAAAUAUAUUGUUGAAUACUUCUGUACGCACCAAGCAGUACUCUCUACCGAGGAUUUGAAUCACUGAUGAUGCCAAUUAUGUAUACAAGCAUUUGAAAUUUUAAACUAUUACAUAUUUUCAAUGUUGAUACAAUGCAAUGGGAUCACUAAGAAUCCCAAAACAGAAAUCGUUGGCGAAAGUGAUUCAAAUAAUCAGCUAUAAUUACUUUUAACGAAUAAAGUAAAAA